AUCAGCGUUGACUUCGCGUUGAAAACGACCGAACGGGACGGUGAGACAGUUGUGAGACUUCAGCUUUGGGACAUUGCAGGUAAAGCAAGCAGGUUUAUAGGACACAAACAGCUGAAAUAUUAUCAGCAGAUGUUUCCAGCUCGCACAGUCAUGUUUUUUUCUCACUCAUAAAACUAUUAAGAAAUAAGAUUAUCAAACUAACUCAACAAAGCCUAUUAGAGUGAAUAGAGCAGUGUAUAAUUUGCCAUCACAAAAUAUGACUGGAAUGAGGUCUUGAUUAUCUAUGGUUCAGUGAUAUAUUUCAACAUAGAUUUUUAUUCAAGAGCACAUAUAUUUCACUGUGGAGUGUGUUGACAAUAUUAUGACGGUCACAGUUAUGUGUUUCUCUGCUUUUGAGAAAUCAAAUCAAAUGUUAUUGGUCACAUAAAUUAUUUAGCAGAUGUUAUUGCGGGUGUAGCGAAAUGCUUGUGUUCCUAGCUCCAACAGUGCAGUAGUAUCUAACAAUUCACAACAAUACACACAAAUCUAAAAGGAAAUUAAUGGAAUUAAAUAAUAUAUAAAUAUCAGGACGAGCAAUGUCAGAGUGGCACUGACUAAAAUACAUUGAAAUACAGUAUAUACAUAUGAAAUUAGUAAAACAGUAUGUAAACAUUAUUAAAGUGACCAGUGAUUCCAUGUCUAUGUACAUAGGGCAGCAGCCUCUAAGGUGCAGGGUUGAGUAUCUGGGUGGUAGCCGACUAGUGAUGGUUAUUUAGCAGUCUGAUGGCCUUGAUGAUAUUUUUGGCCUUCUUGUGACAUCGGGUGCUGUAGGUGUCCUGGAGGGCAGGCAGUGUGCCCCCCAUUGAUGAGUUGGGCAGACCGUACCACCCUCUGGAGAGCCCUGCGGUUGCGGGCGGUGCAGUUGCCGUACCAGGUGGUGAUACAGCCCGACAGGAUGCUCUCAAUUGUGCAUCUGUAAAGGUUUGUGAGGGUCUUAGGGGCCAAGCCAAAUUUCUUCAGCCUCCUGAAGUUGAAGAGGUGCUGUUGCGCCUUCUUCACCACACUGUCUGUGUGGGUGGACCAUUUAAGAUUGUCAGUGAUGUGUACGUCGAGGAACUCGAAGCUUUUCACCUUCUCCACUGCGGUCCCGUCGAUGUGGAUAGGGGGUGCACCCUCUGCUGUCUCCUGAUAUUGGAUCAGACUCUGGUGUUGGGGAGAUUUACUAGGUUGUCUCCCCAUGGGUUAAACAUUUAGCUUUCCAAGUUGUACAGCCAGAUUAACAUGUAUAUAGGGAACAGCUUUCCAAUCAAAGUUAAGAAGGAUUUAAGAAAGCAAAGCAGAUGACAACCUGUAUGGUGGUGUCCCAAAAGGUACGCUAUUCUCUUGAUAGUGCACUGCUUUUGACCAGGCCCAUAGGGACACACUAUUCCUGAAGGUCAGGAGCGGAUUAGGAACAUGUCCAGAGCGUACUACAAGGAGGCCAUGGGGGCGUUCAAAGUCUUUGACGUGACCAAGAUGGAGACAUUAGAGACUGCCUCACAGUGGAAGCAUGACCUAGAUAGCAAAGUGAGACUGGCCAGUGGAAGCAUGACCUAGAUAGCAAAGUGAGACUGGCCAGUGGAAGCAUGACCUAGAUAGCAAAGUGAGACUGGCCAGUGGAAGCAUGACCUAGAUAGCAAAGUGAGACUGGCCAGUGGAAGCAUGACCUAGAUAGCAAAGUGAGACUGGCCAGUGGAAGCCCCUAUCCCUGCUGUCCAAGUGUGACCACAAAGAGGGGAACAAGCAACUGUCUGCCCUCAUGGACAACUACUGUGAAGAAGAAGGCUUCCUGGGGUGGUUUGAGACGUCAGCAAAGGUGAGGGAGAUAUCAGUUAUGGAAUGAAGUCACCUGAUGUUAAUUGUUUAACUGUAACAUGGUAACAAUGUACUCAUAAAGGUUUACGGUGUGUACACAUUAACUUUAAAGUUCGUACUAUAGUAACAGUGCUUUACUGGGGUUUAAAGAAGCUGUGCAAGGCAAACAUGUAUUGCAAUGGCUGUCAGUGAAACCACCAUUGCCUUCACUCAUCUGUUAGUAAAAGCUCUGUUCACCCUCAUAGAGGGUUUGGGGACUAAUGGAUGUUGUAAUUUAACGGAAAACUGCUACAAACCUGAUACUGACUCUGACACUGACUAAAAGGGUUUACAUUUCACCAGUCCUAAAUAACCUCAGAAUGAUUUUUUUUUUUUUUCUUGUAUCGUGUUCCCUUAUGUCUGACUUUCAGGACAAUCUCAAUGUUGACGAGGCAGGAGCUUUCCUAGUGAAGCACAUUCUGCAGAUAGACAGAGGGCUGUCCAGCAGAGACAACACAUGCUGCAUA